AUGUCGUCGAAUGAACAAAACCAGGAAGUACCAAAGGAAGAAACUGAAAUUCUUGCUUAUUUAAUUGAAGUUAGAGGGUUUUUAUCUAAAUUGAAACAAAAUAGAGAUAAAUAUUUAAAUUCAACAGAUGUGCAACGUACUUAUCAAGAAGUAUUAACCAAAGUCCGUGAAUUAGAUUCAAUUAGAAAAAUUAAUCAUAAAGAUGCCACUGGUAUUACUUUAAUUCAUAAUGCAGAAUUACAUAAUCGUGUGGAUUCUGUAUUGGACGAUGUAUUUCAAUUAUUAUCAUUAUGUUUCCUAACCGUGGGAUUGAAAAAAUCUGCUCCAGCAACAUAUGCUUCCUUAUCUACCGUUCAAUCUUUAUUAGAACAUUUGAAAGAAUCUCGUAUUUAUACUCAUCACGAUUUAAGACCAAUUAAGGAAAGAUUAGAUGAAAUUAGUAAGAUUGUUGACGAAAGCUGUGCCGAGGAGAAAAGAGAUAGUGAUAAUGAUGAUGAUGAUGAUUCUUUAAGUGAAGAAUUUAGAAAAAUUGAUACUGAAAGAAAUAAAAAUAAGAUAGAACAAGAUUUAUUAUUAAAAGCUAAAUUAAGUCAUUGUUUGGAUCUAUAUAAUGAAAUUGAAUCAAAAUUAGAAUCUAUUGAUCCAAGUCUUGCUAGUUUAAUGGAAAAAUUAUUUCAAAUUAGAAGAAAUUUAUUAUCUUUAGUGACUUUAUCAAAGAAAAAUUUAUCAUUCCCUGUUAAUGAUGAUAAGUUAUCAUCAACAUUAGAUAUUGAAUCUGAAAAUAACUCUAAUGCUACUAAUACUAGAAUUUCAAGAGAAAUUGUUGAAAAAAAAUUAGAAUCCCUUCAAGGUGAAUUAACUGAUUUAGAAAAUAAUAGAGAUGAAAAUGGUAACUUUAGAUCAUUAGAGACAAAUAUGGCAUCCGAUCAAGGUCAAAAUGUGUUAAAUGGUCUUAUUGAUGAUUGUCAUGAUUUAAUUAAUGAUUUAUCUCAUCAUCCAAAUAAUUCUACUGAUAAUGCUAUUACAUUAUUUAAUGAUGAAAAUUUACAAAAAAUUUAUGAUGAAUUAAUAGAUAUUAAAACAACACUUGAAAAUUUAAUGAUUACUAGAAGAUGGACAUUAAGAGAAACCGAUUUAUUUUCAUAUCAAAAGAGAUUAAGUGCUGUUGAUGCAAAGAGAGUAAAUGGGAAAUUCCCAACUAGUGAUGGUAAUGUAGCUACAAAUUCAAAGGGCCAAUCAAUUCUGUUAUAUCUUUUAAGAAGAUGCUACACCAUUAUAUAUAAACUAUUAGAAAGUUCAGAACCUGUCUCAGAAUCCUUACAACCAAUUCAUAACCAACUAUCUACAGUACGUCGUUGUCUUCUAGAACUAAAGAGAAUGGGUGGUGUCAAUAAUGAAAGAGAGUUAUAUCCAUAUAUAAUGAAGUUGACAUCAUUAGAUAAUCUACGUAAAGAUGGGAAAUUUUAUGAUUCAGAUGGAAAUAUUCCGGAAGGUCAAGGUAUAUUAAAUGCUUUAUUAGCAAGUUGUUUUGAUAUUAUGCAUGAAUUGAAAGUAGAGGCAGAAGAAAGGGAAGAAAAUGGAGAAGGUGAAGAUGAAUCAGAUAGUGAUGGUAAUUAUGAAGAAGGUAACGAUUAUUAUUGA